AUCACUGGGAGAAGUCUGCACUUGAUUGUCCGCUGCCUUCUGUAAAUCUGACACUUUGUACAUCUGUGAGCUCACUGUCGGAUGUGAGUGGUUGGAGCAGAGAGAAUACUCAAAGAUAAGCAUCUUUUACAGUCCUGGAUAAUGACCUCAAGGCUUCAGUGGUUUUAGAAUCCAGUGUAGGUCGAAGCUUGACUCUGAUGUCAUUGACCAGCAAGCCCAGUUUACCCAUCAGCUGUGUAGCAAAAUGGGACCUCCCUCCUGAGCCUUCUAUAGAAAGAAGAGUUGAGAAGAACUUGAUGUGAUUGCUGCUCUGAAAUCUCUUGACCCUCAGAUUGUUAUCUGCUCUUAUACACAGCAGAUUUCAGAAGCUCAUUCACAGUGAGGAAUCACGGUUGCCAAUGACUUAAGAUGGGCCGCUUUGAACGUGUCAAAUAUUUGAUGGUUGCCUUUAAUAUUCUGAUCUGUCUAAGUGGACUUCUCCUUCUGGCAGUUGCACUAUUGCUGUUACUCCACCCCUCUGAAAUUAGACACAUUGUGUCAAUCAAUACGGUGAUCUUCGCUGGAACAGUUUAUGUUAUUAUUUUAUCUAUUGUGCUCCUCAUUCUUGGAAUACUGGGAAGUGUUGCAGCCUACCGGGAAAGCAGGGGUCUGUUGAUGCUUUUCUUCAUGCUAAUUCUGGUGGUCUUCAUGAUCGAGCUGGGUGCUGCCAUUAGUGCUUUACUCUUCAAGUACCAAUUGACAAAGGACUAUUUUGAAGAUGAUCUGGUAAAUUACUAUACUGGAGACAAUCAGACCAAUAGUUACACAGCCAUUUCCAAUUCCAUCAUGAUCUCAUUUGAAUGCUGUGGCGUGAAUGGUCCGAAGGAUUUCUUACACACCUUAGAGUUUGUCAUUCUGAACCCUUUCCGUGAGGUGCCAGAGGCUUGUUGCAAGAGGAACAAAUUUACAGCUGACAGAGCAAUCAUCAAUGCAGAGGAAUGCUUCUCUGGAACCGUUGAUUUCAUCAAUAAUAAGGGCUGCUUCGAUCCCAUUUCAGAGCAGGUGGAAUAUUAUCUUUAUGGGCUUGGAGCGCUAAAUAUUUGGAUCUUAAUAAUUGAGAUAUUUGUGAUGAUCUUUGCAAUCUGGCUGUACCAACGAGCUUAAGAGAGCUCUCCCUGACCAAGGCUGUGUUAAUGUUUAAUGUUGACAGAGGCAGACAGGCACCUAGUGGCAACAAUAGGAACUGCAUCACUUUGCGGAGCACUUCAAUGUAAUGGACACUUCAAACAUUUUAACCGUCAGACUAUGAGCUGAAAGUAUGACCUGUGAUAGAAGACUGGACUGAGAAUUUGACCUGAGGUUGUAAACACAGGUGGAACCAAUACAGUGGGGAAGAGGGGUAGAUCAGUUUGAAUUUGUAAAUGAAUGAACGUACAUACAAUAGGCUAUACAAAUGUACAAGAGAUAAACAAUAGAUCUUACCUCCAGAAUCAAUUUCUGAUAUUGUUGACAUUCUUUAACUGAUACAGCAAGUUUGUUGCUGUGUGGAGCAAUAUGAAUAAUUUAUAAUUUGAACUAUUUAUAUCAAAUAAUGUUCUGGCUGAUGGCUGCUGAUGUUAGGGACCACGGCACAGGGGUUAGAGGUUCGCUGGGGUAAGGGCUGGUGCUGUUGGAUAUGGGUGAGAAUGUGUGCUGUAGGCUGGGUGAUAUAGGAUGGGUGUUGUAGGCUAGGCAACAUAGGGUGGGUGAUAUAGGAUGGGUGUUGUAGGCUAGGCAAUAUAGGGUGGGUGAUAUAGGAUGGGUGUCAUAGGCUAGGCAAUAUAGGAUGGGUGAUAUAGGGUAGGUGUUGCAGGGUGGGUGAUAUAGGGUGGAUGUUGUAGGCUGGAUGAUAUAGGCUAGGUGAUGCAGGUUGGGUGUUGUAGGCUGGGUGAUAUCGGGUGGGCGAUAUAGGAUGGGUGCCGUAAGGUGGGUGCUGGUGGGUGAUAUAGGGUAGGUGCUGUGGGGUGGACGCUGUAUGGUGGUUGAUAUAAAGUUGGUGUCUUAAUGUGGGCAUUGUGGAGGGGAUGAUAUAGGGUAGGUGAUAUAGGAUGGGUUAUAUAGGGUGGCUGAUAUAGGGUGGGUGAUUUAGGGUGGACAAUGUAGGGUGGGCAAUAUAGAGUGGGUGAUAUAAGAUGGGUGAUAUAGGCUAGCUGCUGUAGGGUGGGUGAUAUAGGGCAGGUAAUAUAGGGUGGGCACUGUAGGGUUGGUGCUAUAGGAUGGGUAAUAUAGGAUGGCUGAUGUAGUUGGUGAUGUGGGGGCUGAUAUAGGGUAGAUGCUGUGGGGUGGAUGUUGUAGGCUGGGUGAUGCGGGGUACUGCUGUAGGGUGGGUGAUAUAGAGUGAGUGAUAUAGGGUGGGUGUUGUAGGGUGAGUGCUGUAGGCUGGGGAUGUGGGGAAGUGCUGUAGGUUAGGUGAUAUAGGGUGGGUGAUAUAGAGUGUGCGCUGUUUGUUGACUGAGUAAGACAUUACCAUCAGCUCAGUCACUAGAGGCUGAAGCAACCAAUCAGUUUCCAGUUCUGACACCCCUCGUCUUGUGGUGAGUGGGAGA